AUGGCUAAUAAUAUUGCUCUCAAUUUUCGCAUUAACGGUGGUGGAAUUUUUGAACUUGAUAAUGUUAAUCCAACAAUAACUGUCAGAGCACUCAAAACUAUGAUUAGAAAUGGGAACUAUGUUACUUCUACUAUUUUCGAACUUUAUAGAAAUGAUUUUGCAAGAGAGGUAGAAGAAAAUAUGAAAGAUGAAGCUACUGUUGUAUCAAAUCAGAGUUGCAACAAUAAUUCAAAAACUCAUAAGCAUCUGAUUUGGAUAUUUACGGAAAAACAGGAUGAUAUUCCAGGAUCAAUUUAA